UGGAAAAAAGUAACUCAAUGCGGAAGUGACGUCAUGUGAUUUUGCAGCGCGUGUGAAAGGUUUUACGGAACUAUAUAAACAUGUAGCUACUGUACCAUAACAAUAUUUUUCUGUUUUUUUAAAGUGCCAUGAUGUAUAAUGUUGGUGAAAAAGUAUCAUGUUGACUAAGCUGGAAGAGGACGCCACAACUUCAUCAUUUAGCUGAGGUUCAGCUUUGUGUGUGGUAGGUCAGCAGCAGUCAUGGCUGAGGCCGGAGCUCAUCUUACCUACGGCAGUGCGAGGGAGCAGCCGUCCAUCUUUGAGGUCUUGGCUCAAGAGUCUCUGAUGGAGGCAGUGAAACCAGCACUGAGACAUGCUGUCAAGGUUCUGGCAGAGUCCAACCCCUCUUUCUUUGGGUUCCUGUGGCGGCGCUUUGAUGAGUUCUACCUGCUGCUGGAUGUCCUCCUGCAGAAUCACUUCCUGUUUCACUGUAGCGCCUCCUUCUCUGAGAACUUCUACGGACUGAAAAGGGUUACAGGAGGACGGGGCCAUCCUGUUUGCCUGGGGCUUCCAAGAAAGACCUGCUGGAUGUCUCUUCUCCUUCUCUGCCUGGUGCCUUAUCUGCGGGCCAAGCUGGAGGCCAGGUGUGCGCGCCAAAGGGAAGAGGAAGACUUCUCCAUACGGCUCGCACAGAGCAGGACCCAGAGGCUGUACCGGGCGGCGGUGGCAGCUUACCCGUAUGUCAACACAGCUUGGCAGUCCUGGGUCUUCUGUCAGCAGCUGCUCUUUGUCUUCGGAGCGGUGCGUACCCACAGUCCUUUGCUGUGGCUGGCGAACGUCCGACUGGCUCGGCUCACCGCGCGAGAUGUCCGAGACAUGGAGCCGAACGCCAGCAAAAGUGGCAGCCAGGCUGGUGCCAGCGUGUCACAGAGGAUGUGGUGGGUGACGUCACAAGCGGCGAAGGCCGUGGGCAUCUCCCUCUCCACCUCCCUCUCUAUGGGGGUCUUCUUCUUACAGUUCCUGGAGUGGUGGUACUCCUCCGACAACCAGGCCACCGUGAAAAACCUCACCUCCCUCCCCGUGCCUCCACCCCCCAUCCACCUGCAGACGGCCGACUAUAGCGAGAGCCGUGACAACACGCACUGUCCGCUUUGCCGGAGGCUCCGGGUAAACGCCACCGCCCUGUCCACGUCGGGCUUUGUCUUCUGUUAUCGCUGCGUGUAUACGUACGUGAAAGCCAAACGCCGCUGUCCGCUCACCGGCUUCCCGACAGAGUUGCAGCACCUCAUCAAGAUCUACUCGCCAGAGAGCUAGAUCACUUGACCGACUUGGUCCAGUUCCACGUCUCAUUUAUAACAGUACAGUCAAAUUUUAUCAAUCUAAUUAAAUAAAGUGGAGCAAUUCCAACCCAAUCUCAGCUUCACAAUACUUUGGAUAUAAAUUUACAAAGCAAUUGAGCAUGAUUGACUCACAAUUCCUUAGUUUUUGGUACUUAGCAAUUGUUUUUACAGUGAACACAUUUGACACUCUUGCCAGUGAUAUAAUCAAUAUUAUAUGAUAUUACAAAUAAUUUCUUUACCACAUGUUUACGGCGCCUGUUAGUCACAGACAUAUUGCAACUGAGCACUAAUAAAAUAUUCAUAAUAAAAAAAAAAAAGACUAUGCACAAAAUGUCGAAAAACUAUGUCAACUAACUGCAAAAAAGUUUCAUUAUCAUUAUGUUUCUGUGCAAACAAUGACUCGUUUCCGCCUCAGUUAUGUCAAUGUGAAGUCAACGCAAACGUGUUCCACUGUACAAGGUUUUGCACCCACAGUGGUGUCCACAAUACACAUAAAUGAGUGCGCAAAACUCGCAUCUCUGAACUUUGACAGAGUACACCUAAUAAACAGUUUAUGGUUAAUCAUAUUAUUUUGGUUGGAUGUAUCACAUCUCGGUUGUUUAUGUGCUAUGAAGAAAAAAAAAUUGUAAAUUUUUUGGUUAAGAUUUAAUGUCUUGACUUUGACUCCUGUGGUUCUGGAGCUUCUUGAAAAUAGCGCAAAAAAGGUGACGUUUGUGUUUGUACAACGUGAACUUUUUAACUCCGAAGUAAACGUUGCAACUGUAAUCAAGGCUGCUCUUGUAGAGUAAUUGAAAUGAAUAUGAUGUAUAAUUUGUCUUACAGAAUUGAUACAUGGAUUAUAUGUCAAAUCAAUACUUCAUGGGUUUUUUAAAUAUUUAAUAAAGUUUAAUAAACAGACUAUUGGAAA